UUGUCCUUCUUCUGAAGAAUGUCAAACCUCAGUUCGUAAGGUACAACAAACCAAAGGUGAAGCUAACACUUCCUUUUGAAAUUUGAUCAAGGCAGCUACUUUUUGAAUUUUGAUGCCAAUGCUUCCUUGCACUCCUGUGCCUAACUUCAUACAUCCCUUGGCUCUCUUCUGCUAUUUUCUUUCUUUUCCAUACUAAUGGAUCAUAGAACUUCCCACAAAUGUCAUUGUAUUCAAAUUAUAGCCAUUCUCUUCAUUAUUUUGAUCGAUGGAAUUGCAUGCUUUUACACAAAUUCAAGUGCUUGCGAGCCUCAAAACUGUGGGAAUGGAUUGAACAUAGAAUAUCCCUUCUGGAUCCCAGGCAGGCAAGAGUCAUAUUGUGGCUCACCAAUGUUCAAUGUCACCUGCAGGGACAGAAACCCCAUCCUGAAAAUCUCUGAUGAUGAUUAUAUCAUCAGGGACAUAUUUUACACGAAUGAUUCAAUUUUGCUAUCUCAAGCUGAGUUGUAUAAUGUUAGUGACCAGUGUCCAGCCCCACAACAUAAUUUUAGCACCGGAGGAACUCCAUUCAGCUAUGGCCCUGAAACUGUGGAUCUUUUCUUCUUCUACAAUUGCACUGAGCCGUAUCAGGAAGAGAAAUACCCCUUGGAUUGUGCAUGUAAUGCUAGUCAUCAUGCUUUUGCUGUUUUCCAUACUGAACUCCUUGAUCAACGGAACUAUUCGGAACAGUCAUGUCAGCCUCCAGUGAAUGCGCCAGUAACUACUGACAGCCUGAAAAGAUUGUUAGCAAUGAAUUAUACUGAUGUUUUGAAGAAAGGAUUUGUUCUGCAGUGGGAUGGAGAUAGCUGCAGCAAAUGCAGGAGGAGUGGAGGGGAAUGCAGUUCUUAUUACGAUGAUUUUGUGUGUUACUGUGAUGACCAUAUCCAUCCAAAAACCUGUGAUGAUGGUGGAGGGUUAAAUUUGGGACUGAAGAUUGGAAUUGGCUUUGGUGCUGCUGCAGGGAGUGCCCUUAUUCUUUGCGUUAUAUUCUUUGUCUAUCAACGUAGGCACAAAAACCACGAUUCUGGUUCAACGUUGAUAUCUCGAGACAUUUCUUCCUAUUCCUCUUCAGUGAUAGAUCCUGAAAGGGCUAGCGGCUACCUUGGAGUGCACAUCUUUGCUUACACCGAACUAGAAGAAGCCACUAAUUGUUUUGAUCCGAAUAAAGAGCUUGGAGAUGGCGGCUUUGGCACUGUCUACAAAGGCAAACUGAGAGAUGGGCGUGAAGUUGCUGUGAAACGAUUAUAUGAAAGCAACUUCAAAAGAGUUGAGCACUUCAGGAAUGAAGUUGAAAUCUUGACACGCUUGCGCCAUAGGAAUCUGGUUUCUUUAUAUGGAUGCACUUCUCGCCACUGCCGUGAACUCUUGCUUGUGUAUGAAUACAUUCCUAAUGGCACCAUUGCUGAUCACCUUCACGGUCCAUUAGCAAGGCCCGGAUCCCUUCCAUGGAGUACUAGAAUGAACAUUGCCAUAGAAACUGCAAGUGCAUUGUCCUACCUACAUGCCUCUGAUGUUAUCCACCGAGAUGUUAAGACCAACAACAUCCUCCUGGACGACAAUUUCUGUGUUAAAGUAGCAGAUUUUGGUCUAUCUCGCCUCUUCCCAAUUAAUGCUACACAUGUUUCAACUGCUCCACAAGGAACUCCCGGAUAUGUAGACCCUGAGUAUCAUCAAUGCUAUCACCUUACAGAUAAGAGUGAUGUCUUCAGUUUUGGAGUUGUGUUGAUUGAGCUCAUAUCAUCAAUGCCAGCAGUAGACAUCACCAGGCAUCGGCAUGAAAUAAAUUUGUCAAACAUAGCUGUUCACAGGAUCCAAAACCACUUGUUGCAUGAACUUGUGGAUGAUAAUCUUGGAUAUGGUUCAGAUUACAAGCUGACAGCAAUGAUUGAGGAUGUAGCAGAGUUAGCAUUUCAAUGUCUACAAUAUGAGAGGGACAUGAGACCGACUAUGCAGGAGGUUCUACAAGCACUGCUGGAAAUCCAAAACAAGGAUUACAAUGCAGAAAAGAAAGAAGAAAUGGAUAAUCAAGCAGAUGACGUUGUAUUGUUGAAAAUUAAUCAGUUAACUAGCUCGCCAGAUUCAAUCCUUACAAAUUCGGUGAGCAGUUCAACAACCACUAGUACCAGUACCUGAAUAUCUGCCUGGCUUCCCCUAACUAGUCGCAUGUAUGUCAUAUCCCUUUUGUGAUUUUUGAAUUUUGCUUGCUUCGAUCUGCCAGAUAUUUGCACCUUAAAGGAGCUGUACAUAUAAGGAUGUAGCAGCAUUAGUUAAAUUGAUUCCACUCAUUCAUUUUUGUCCUACAAAUUAACAUGUAUCCAAUGCACCCAUUUUCAUCUCUUAUGUUGAUGCUAUCCACUGUGGAACUGCAAACUAUGUCAGUUAGCUAUAUAUAUACCCAAGAGCAAAACAAAAUUCUGUCAAACUGUUUCAUCAAGUGAGAACAACUGUUCCAGAACCGUUACAUCUACCAAAGUUCAAGUUAAAUGAAAAGGAAAGUCAUUAUUAUUGUA